AUGCACUGCUGCGGCGGCAUCCUCAUCUGCCACUGCUUGAAGGCGGCCAUGAGCAAGGAGGCGGACUACGUCGUGUGCAACCCCGCGACGGAGGAGAUGUGGGCCGUGCUGCCCGUGCCCUCCAAGAACCUCAGCACCGCCCACCUGUGUUUCGACCCGGCCGUCCCCCGCUGUUUCAAGGUGUUCCUGUUCGUGCAAAGUUUUGAGGGGAUCCAGAGGGUGGAGGUCUACUCUUCGGAGACCGGGCAGUGGACCUCCAUGCAGAGCCAGUGGAGCCAUGAUAUUCUCCUCAUGGGGAAGCAUUCAGAAUGUGUAUUCUUCAAUGACACCCUGCAUCUGGUUGCCGACAAUAUGAUCGGGUUUAUGAUCCAGGAGGGGAAAGUGAUACGCUCCAUGGUUACAGUGCACACGGAGGGGAAAGCCUGGAGGAGCAUCAGAAUGCCGGAUGACAUCCAUAAUGGUUUCAUCGGGCAGUCACAGGGGCGCAUAUACGCCACACGCUUAGAAAACGGAGAUGAUUGUUGUCUAUCGGUCUGGGUUCUUAAAGAUUAUGCUACGGGAGAGUGGACUCUGAAGUGUACCGCCAGCAUUCCCGAACUGCUAGGAAGGCCUCACCGCAGGCACAGCGAACUCUACACGUUGGUCGCGAUCCAUCCCGAGUGCAGCUUGAUCUAUCUAGCAGGCGGGGUGAGGCUGGAAAACACACUUAUGUCGUACGAUAUGGAUAGCGGUGAGUUGCAGAUCCCUUGGGCGAAAUCUGCUUGCAUGGUGUCAAACAACACCAAUACGUGCUACACUGAGAACAGGGUUAUAUUUUAUUUGCCUUUUGUAGGGGAAGAGAAUAACACAACUGCACAACUCAUUAAGUGA